AUGACAGAGGCACUGAACGAGCAACUUCUAGGACCUGACCUGGCCUCAGAUGUGACAGCAGUUGCAUACCUGGAGUACCUCGCUGGACAGCCAGUGGAUUCUCUCCGCAACUUCGAGCCUCAGAAUUUAUCGCAUGCCUUAUAUUUACUAUUGCGAUCCGUGCAAUCUCUAUCUAAAAAGUCUUAUGAAUUCAUCGUCGAUUCGGCAACCGACCACACGUCAUUGGAACAAUUGCUGCCAAUAUUGAGGACGAGGUCGAACGAUUUAAUGCAUUUAGUGCCGCGCAUUGACCAAGAGGCAGAGCGUUUCUCUAAUGGCUUUAGCAAAGUCAGCGAUAAUAUCAUCAACAAGCGGAAACAGGCAUUGCGUCAGCUACACAACUCAGGGCGGCUCGUGGAUUUGAUGGGGCUUCCAGCACUGUUGAAGUCAGCCAUCAAGUCCAAUGCCGCCGCCAAUUAUUCAUCUGCACUGGAUAUAUACGCACAUGCCCAUCGACUGGCAUCCCUAUAUCCGACAUCAUCACUUGUCAUAUCCGUGACAAACGAAGCAACCACUGCACUUAAACAGAUGGCUGAAGAUCUAAUGGCUUCAUUAAAGACAACAAAUUUAAAACUUGCAUCGGGCCUACGUACAGUAGGCUGGCUCAAGCGUAUCAUCCCGGUUCUUGUCUCCGAGACUUCUAUGGAACAAGCGCUACCCGCAAUUUUCCUCGUGUGCCGCCUUAACGCACUUAUUUUAACACUAGAUGCCCUGCAUCCUCUUAAAGAGUUGGCAGAUAAAGAAGGCGUGCGUCAUACAACUUAUGUGUCCCAAAUGUGGUCUGGUGGUCAACAUACAGAGAGAUAUCUGAAGCGCUUUAUUGAGGUAUUUCGUGAGCAUAGUUUCAGCUUGGUCUCAGUAUCUAAAAGUGUGGAUGCGAGCUUUGCAAAUUCAAGCGGUCUAAAAGACAAUGUUCUCUACCCUUUCCCCCCUAUAUUAGCCUGCUUUCCACUGCAUAUGGUAGGGCUCCUACUAGAUACCCUGCAAUUGUAUCUACCUAAUAUUAAGGACAAGACCUCUCGGGAGAGUAUCUUCACCCAAUUACUUUACUGUGCAGGAAGCCUAGGAAGACUCGGCGUUGAUUUUGGAAUGCUUCUAUCUGUAAUCGGAAUGAACGAAUGGAUAGGCAUAGUGAAACGACACCGACUCCUCGCUGGUCGGCUCGAAUCUGUAAUUGGUGAUUACCGUGGCAAUCAAUCUUUUUAA